CCUCCCUCCGUGCCUCUCGACACAAGUCGCCGAGCCCGACUCAAGGACUGUUAAGAUCCAGGAACAAAUCUUGCAUGGCCAAGAGACGGCCCCGCCAGACUUCUGAUUUGCCAUCGGCUUAUUGUCCGGUGGCUUUCGCGACUGAGAAUAGAUCGCGCGUGCUAGGGGCACAGAUUCCACUGAACUCGAUGUCUUGUUCUUGAGGCGAUGCCUGUUUCCAGCCAAGACCAAUGACGAUACAACAUAAUAACCACAUGAGACUGCGACGUGCUGGUCACGAAAAGUCUCGGAAUGGGUGCUUGACCUGCAAGACUCGAAGAAUCAAGUGUGACGAAACAAGACCUUACUGUCGCAAGUGCACGGAAUCCGGCCGGAAAUGUGACGGUCCUGCUGUGAAUCAAGUCCGUUUCAUUCGAGAUGACCGAACGAGCACUCCGGUACUACUGCCAGCGGUCUCUCUCAUAGCACCUCAUCGCGAUGGAGAUGAACGUCGGGCAUUCAAUUACUUCACGAAGCGGGCGGCGCCCAUUUUCGCGGGCUCUGCUGAUGGCGACUUCUGGAGAGUCCUCGUUCCACGGCUCGCUCAAACGCGAGACUUCGUAUGGGAUAUGGUCGUCUGCAUCAGCUCUUUACUCGAGCACGUUCCAUACGGGUCACUGGUCACGACAUUCAAGCCGGCCAGUGCUCGUACUAUCAUCAAUCAUCGACACCGACAAGCUCUAAAGUUUUAUAACAGAGCCAUCGCCAAUGUUCGGGAGCAAGCUCUUCGCAACGAAAUGGACGACUCCCUUGCUCUACUAAGUUGCGUUCUGUUUGCAACCGUCGAGUACCAGCAGAGAAACAUCAAAACCGGGAGAGACCUGAUCAAAAUGGGCUGCAAAAUGUUGCCUCAGAUACUCACAAACCCAAAAAGUUCGCCCACGAGCCUAGCCGUACAACAGGUGGUGGCACCUUUUGUCUUGCGAAAAGCCGUUCUUAUUGCCACACUGGGUACUGUUCUACCGCCUGAAUGGAUUGUCAAUGCCGAGCCGACUUCUACGCUGCAGGCAGUACUUGUCAAACGCCCUGCGCUGAACCGAGCCAGAAUGGAGUUCCAUAGCUUGGUAUAUCACUCUUACGAAGUCAGCAGAGUCGGAGACAUAGUACCGGACAACAACGACGACGACCCAGGACUUCUUGUUUUCAUAUCGUCCCGGGAAACCUUGCUGGAGCAGCUGACGUGUUGGAGGAACUCAUUUGUGCGCGACUGGAGCCAGACCACAGAUAGUGAGGCCAAGGCGAUUUACUCUUACAUGCUGAUGUAUUGGGCUGUGUGUUUUAUCUCGCUCGGAGCCUGUGCCAGCAGAUCGGAACUUGCAUUCGACCGAUACACAGAUCAUUUUGUUGCCAUUAUCGAGCAUGUCGAGGUCUACCUCCGCUACAGCGCGGGAACGGCUGCAGACCAACUACUGAUAUCAGGUUUCGACCCUGGAAUCAUUCCGCCUCUAUACUUCUGUGCGAUGAAGUGUCGAGAUCCGAUCCUUCGUCGAAAGGCGCUAAAGUUGAUGGGUGAUGCUCCGCGGCAAGAGAAUCUGUGGGCGUUUCUCGCACCAGAUAGGGUGGCCGAAAAAGUCAUCUUGGAAGAGGAAGGUGGUGACGGAUUCAGCCCGGUGAAUGACUCAAUGUCUUCCAAUGGCACGGCCUGGCCACCAGAAGAACGUCGUUUUGCUUUCACGACCGUGGUAAGCAGAGAGGCAUCGAACGGAAGACUGCGGCUGGCGCUGCAAAUGAGCAGAUUUGUUUGGCAACCGGAUCGGACAAGGAGAAUCGUCCACAAAUACACCUGGCUGGAUGAUGGUCAACUGUCAGCCAUUCGACGUGAGCGGGAGCCGAACACAGGCCGCGGAUCACGAGGCGAGCUAAGCACUGAGAGCCUGCCUUGAAAGUGCUGGCGGACAACAGGAUCUCAUGACGCCGCUUCUGGGUAGAUACCAGUAUUACGUGAGGAUGGUCCCUUCAAAACCAGAUGAUGCCAGCAUUGCACAAGUACUAUCCAAACAAAAAAACCGUGUUGGAAGCUCAAAUGUGAAGAAAGUAUCAUCUCGAACACGAGCACUUGAAAGCCCGACCUUGGUUUGAGGCGCGUCGCAAGCAGAGCAACAGACCAGAACCAUACGAGGGGAUGAAAGCGGAUAGGAUACUCACUUAUGUUGCCUGGACAUGUGGUCAGAUCAGCUUCAUUCACUGUCUUCUAGCCAAGCCAGGCACCCAGGGCUAUGCCCACACGACGAGUGUUCAAUUCCCGUUGCCCUCACUUUCCAAAAAGAUAUUUUGUUCAUUUUUUUCAAGAAGCAAAACUCUAACCUGGCGGGCCAACUACACACUUGGUAGUUGACGGCCAGGCCGAGGGAAAAUCCCAGUUGUAGAGGGAUUUCUUUUAUGUCCGGUUAGUUGGUCAGGUUACCUCCCGCAUAGGACACUCCGAGGAGAGCCAUAUUAGCUAAGGAACAACCUCAGGCCCUUCGCAGUUGCACGUGGUAACACUAGUAUAAGUUGCACGUUUCACUGGUACUUCCUUCAUUUGGUUGCAGGAUAAGCUGUCUCAUAUCUGGUGAACCACCCUGGCCGGACCCGGGAUAGAUAUGAGAUUGUUGGGGGAAAAUUGUACUUUUCAAAUAUAUAACCCUUAGG